AUGGAGUUUCGGACGGAUAUUGCAAUGAAGUCUAAAGAUCAUAUGGACAUCGUAAAAGGGAAACGAACGAAGCGUUCGAGGCCUUUGUCGCCGAUCCCUUUCGUCGUAGGAUGCAACAAUUCUAUUUACGAUGAAGAUAAUGGCGGUGGACCUGAAGGGAGUCCAGAUGUAGAGAUGAAGAAUUAUAGUCAGUAUUUAUCACCUUCUUCGUCUUCUUCCGAAUAUCAAGACAUCGCGACCGAGGAAGAAGAAGAUAUGGCCAACUGUUUGAUUCUCCUGGCGCGAGGCCGAUCCAGAGAAACCGAGAAAUUAAGGGUCGAAGAUCGUCCCGAUGACAAAUUCACUAGUAGGAAGUUGUUGGAGACUGGUUUAAAUGGGACAGGCAAGGCCGAGUACAUUGUUUACGAGUGCAAGACAUGUAAUAGAACAUUUCCUUCGUUCCAAGCUCUUGGUGGUCAUAGGGCUAGCCAUACGAAGCCCAAGGCAGGCGUGCCCAUGGUUGAUGACAAAAAAACAAGGCUAUUCAAAUCAGCAUAUGAAGAAUUAGGAGGUCCUAAUAAUAAGGUUAAGGUUCAUGAAUGUUCCAUUUGUGGGGCUGAGUUUACCUCUGGGCAAGCCUUGGGAGGGCAUAUGAGAAGGCAUAGAGGGUCAAUAGGUAGUAGUAAUGUUAAUAUUAUUACACCCAACAAACCCUUGUCUUUAACAAUGGAAUCUGAGAAACCUAAGAAACCAAGAAAUGUUUUGUCUUUAGGCUUGGAUCUCAAUCUUCCGGCACCGGAAGACGAUGACCGGGAAUCCGAAUUCGCCUUCGGGUCUAAGCAACAACAACAAUCCGCUCUUGUCUUCUCAGCCCCCACUUUGGUGGAUUGUUUUUACUAAGCAAGGUUUAAAGUUUUUCUCUCCUUUUCUAUUUC